GUUCAGCAACAGGUUCACCCAAACCUUUCAGCAAAAGAAGAUUCCCUCUAUUACAUUGAAGAGUUAAUACUUCAGCUGCUAAACAAACUAUGCAUUGCUCAGCCACGGACUGUCCAAGAUGUAGAGGAGCGUGUUCAAAAGACAUUUCCUCAUCCAAUAGACAAGUGGGCGAUUGCUGAUGCGCAGUCUGCUAUAGAGAAACGAAAAAGAAGAAACCCUCUCCUGCUACCUGUGGACAAAAUACAUCCUUUAUUAAAGGAGGUCCUGGGUUAUAAGGUAGAUUACCAUGUGUCUCUGUAUAUUGUGGCUGUCUUAGAAUACAUCUCAGCUGAUAUUUUAAAGCUGGCUGGAAACUAUGUUUUUAAUAUACGGCACUUUGAGAUCUCCCAGCAGGACAUUAAAGUAUCAAUGUGUGCUGAUAAGGUUUUGAUGGAUAUGUUUGAUCAGGAUGACAUUGGUUUGGUUUCUCUCUGUGAAGACGAGCCCUCUUCUUCUGGGGAACUCAACUACUAUGACCUAGUGAGAAAUGAAAUUGCAGAAGAAAGGCAGUAUCUGCGGGAGUUGAAUCUGAUAAUAAAAGUAUUUCGAGAAGCUUUCCUAUCAAACAGAAAACUGUUCACACCUAAUGAUAUCGAUAUGAUAUUUAGCAACAUUUCAGAUAUUCAUGAGUUGACAGUGAAGCUUUUAGGAUUGAUUGAGGAUACUGUUGAAAUGACUGAUGAAAGCAGUCCUCAUCCACUGGCUGGCAGCUGCUUUGAGGAUCUUGCAGAGGAGCAAGCCUUUGAUCCAUAUGAAACCUUGUCCCAGGAUAUUCUCUCUCCACAAUUUCAUGAGCAUUUUAAUAACUUAAUGGCAAAACCUGCUGUUGCUCUCCACUUCCAGUCUACUGCUGAAGGGUUUAAAGAAGCUGUACGAUACGUACUCCCGCGACUCAUGCUUAUCCCAGUCUAUCAUUGUUUGCACUACUUCGAUUUACUACAG